AUUAGACUGAAAUUGGCGGCAAAAGUAAUGGGAGAAAAUACGAAGUUUAACUGACAUUUUCAGCAGGUUUUUAAAUAAUGUAGUUAUUUUCCGCCGAAUAUUUUGUUUAAAUUUUUUAAAAAAAUUAUACAUAUGUAUUUCAUUGUAUCUAUUCAUUUAUUUUAUUUUCUGAAAGUAAAUAAAUAAGUUUAUUCAAAACAUUGUCACAACUACGAAAAUACAUACCAGACGAUAACAAACACAUGGACGGACAACAUCAACUUUAUUAUUAAAAUCGGCAACAAAAUAUAGGAUUGUUUAAAAGUACUGAAACUUAAUUUACACGCAGGUUGUGAUGCUGGAUGUGUCAGCAUAUUGGUGAGGAGCAUCAUGACAGAGACUGAGUUCACAGUGAAAUGUGUUCAGUGUAAAAAUGUGGAAGUUUCUCCUAGAUGUGUAGAAGCCUUCAGUGCAUUAGAGGCUUAUGGCUUUAAACCGCAGUGGAUUACCGAAGAUGAGUGUUUAAAUAUAACACAGAAAGAUAAAAACACAGUGUAUCUGUGUGAUAAAUUUGAAGGAGAUGCUUUUGAACACCUAAAGUCACAUGGGUUGAGAAUUUUAGGCCCAGUCUGUGUAUUAACUUGUUUGGAACUUAAAGUGGAAAUUCCUCGUACUAAAGAACCAAUCCAUAAUUUAGCCAUGAAGGACACCAUCAUCAGCUGUACAAAUAUAGAUAAGGUAUUGCGGGAAUCCUUACACAUGAAAGUUUUGAUGAUGGGUGGUGAAAUCCAACGCAACUUUACUGAAAAUGUGACUCAUCUUGUGGCUGGAAUGGUUGGUAGCAGUAAAUACCAGGUGGCAAGUAACCUGAAAAAAUACAUUAUGUUACCUGAUUGGGUUAAUUCUGUCUGGGAAGCAUCACAGGAAGGCUCUGUUCACUGCAAUGAUGAGAAGUUUCAAAAAUACACUUGCCCCAUCUUUAAAGGGUUAAUUGUAACAGUAUCUGGCUUAGAAUCGGCAGAGAGGAAAAAAGUGAAGCAACUGGUUGAAAUGGAAGGUGGUGUUUAUUCAGGAGAAAUGAAAGUUGAUGAAUGCACUCAUUUAAUUGUAAAUGAACCAAAAGGCCAGAAAUAUGAAUUUGCCAAGCAAUGGAAGAUCCAGAUUGUAAAACCUCAGUGGUUGUAUGAAUCAAUUGAAACUAGUUAUUGUCUUGAUGAAACAAAAUACCAAUUAAAUACUGAAACUCUUGAUGGAGAAAUGAUGACCUCCACACCAACUAAAAAUUCCUCAGCUGUUAACCUGAGUUCAAUUGCCAAUAUUUCUGCCAUUACUCGUCUUAGCGACACUAUGCUCAGUGCUUGCAGUUCAAGUAUUUCCCGAGUAGACAAGUCUAAACCCAACUUUGAUAAUACGUCAUCAAUGUCAACACCUAUGUCAUUCUUAGAUGGUUGUAAGAUUUAUCUCAGUGGAUUUCGUGGGCCAGACCAAGAACGGUUACUCAGGAUCAUCAAUGUUGGUGGAGGUACUAGAUUCAAUUCUUUAAAUGAACAUGUUACACAUGUUGUGAUGGGCGAAAUAGUACCAGCAGAUAUGGAUUAUCUAGAGAAAGCUAUUCAUAGGCCACAUAUACUAAAUGCCACCUGGCUUUUAGAUUGUGUGAAAGAGAGCAAGUAUGUCCCAGAGAAACCCUAUUACAUCAAGAAACUUCCCUUUGUAAAGGAAUCGCACAUGGAACCACCAAAAAAACCUGCCCCUAUCACAAAACGAAAGCCAGUUGGUGAUGUAUCACAGCUAAGGACAAGUGCUACCACUACUGAAUUUGGCGAAAAUACUGAUGAAGAAUUGGCUUUGAUGAGUCAGUAUCUCCAAGGAUCAGUAAUGUCUAAGAGUGAAGCUCAACAAAGUACCUUCAAAAGUAACAUUGCGUCCAGUGUCAACAGCAUGUCAAAUGGUACUUUAGAACCAGAUCAGUCAGAAAUGACUGAUCCUGUGAAUACUGGUGGUAUUUUUUCUGGUAAAACAUUUAUUUGUUGUGGAUUAGCGGAAGAUACACAAGUUAUUGAAGGUGCUGUUAUAGAAAAUGGAGGUAAAAUUUUGAGAAACAUUCAUCAGAUCCCUGAUUACGCACUCGUUCCACUGGGUGGCUGUACUAUAAAAUUCACUGCCAAUGAAGUAGUCACUCAUGUCUGGCUAGAAACUUGUUUAGAAAAACAUUGUCUGGUUCCUAUUAGUGACAGUGUUCUAUUUCAACCAAUUGAAAUCAACCACCUUGCCAAACCUCUAACAAAUUGCGUCAUAUCAUUCAGUGGCUUGAAUUAUGUUGAAAAGAAUUGCCUAAUGUACCUUGGAAAAGUUCUUGGAGCAAACACUCAGCUAGUUUUUGUGAAAAAGCCAACCAAAGGAAUGUUAAGUAAUACUCAUUUAGUCGUCAAGGAAGCUGAGGGACAAAAAUAUGAAGCUGCUAUUAAAUGGAAGGUACAUGUUGUGAAAAUAGAAUGGCUUUUAGCAUGUGCAAAGAGUGGUAAGUUAGAGCCUGAAGUUAACUAUAUUUGUAAACCUGUUACCUGCAAAGAUGAUGUAACUCUGGUCAAGGAGAAUAAUGUCAACACUAAUACUUGUUUAACUGAAAGUGGCCAAAAUGAUGGGAAUAGUUCUUUUGUUACCAAGAAACGAACCUCGGUAUCUGAUGUGAGACCAAACCACUUGGCCAAUGAUGCUUCUGCCUGUAAUGAUGUUCAACAACCCCAGUGUAACAAUAUUGUCAUGGAAGGCUUGGCUAGUUCAGACAAUAGUCAGAAGGAGAAUAGACAUUCCCUAUCGCAUAAACAGAUGCCUGUCUCAUUACAGACAUCUAGAAUUUUGGAAUUGCAAGAGAAAGAUUGCCAGCUGUCACCCAAAGAAAAUAACUUCCAACCUAAAAUUGAUACUGAAACACCUAGUAAAUUCUUGGGCCAAGGAAAAGAAUAUCAUCCCAAAUUUGAGCUUGAUGAUUUGACUUCAGUGCUGGAAUCACAAAUGAAGGGCCUAUCAACAUCUCAUUCAAGAAGAUCUAGCAUUCCAUGGGGUGAACUGUUCAGUAAACAUAUUGAAGAAGGUGUGAAGAUUAGUGCUAAUGCUCGUACUGAGGAAGUCAGUGGUUCUCAGGAAGUUGAAGCUGUCAGUGAUAAGAAUGAGGGUCCACUGAAGGAUGUUGUAAUUUCUGUCGCUCGCAAAUUGAGUGCCAAACAAUCUCUCUACAAUGACAUGGCUGUAUCACUUGGUGCUGAUUAUACCUGGACCUAUGAUGACACAUGUACUCAUUUCAUUUUCCAGGGCAAACAGAAUGACAUCAACAGAGAGUUUCGGUUGGCUCGAGAUCAAAAGAAAAUAAUUGUUUCACCCUACUGGCUGAUCAUGUGUAAAGAACAAAAUGUGUAUGUCGACGAGUCUUUGUUUCCUCACACAUUUAAUCCAAAUUUGAACUUGCAAUCUGUCAUGAACAGCUCCAAAGAAACACCUCCUCGUAAGAUGAGGUCUUCUAAGACUGAUGUCGGUUCCAGUGCACCUGUUGCUAAAAAGACUCCAAGAGUCUUCAGGCAAGAUGUAGACGCUGUUCCUGAACCAGAUGCAGAGGAAGAAAGGAUGGAAAUAAAUGCUUUGUUACCUAUCACUACUGGUGAAGAAUUAAUGGAACUUGAAGAAACAAAGAAACCUGAUGUGGAGAAUGUUGUUGAAAUGGCUGAAAUUCAAGAAGCUUUAAAUAAAGAGCUAGAAAAUAUUAAAGCUUCUGGCUCAAGACGGUCAAAGAAGAGAAAUAAGAAAUUAAAUUCUUCCUGUAAUGACAGUCUCAACAACAGAAACGCACCAUAUUCUACCAAAGUUACAGCCACAGGUAAAGCAGCAGAACAGUCAUCCAAAACUUCUAGUUCGGAAUCCUCACAGAGUGUCCAGGUUACGUGGUAUGAUCCAACAGAAAGACUCGAGAUGCAGAAGGUUGCUGCUCAGCUGGAGCGUGCAUAUUGUCCCACUCAAGAUCCUCUUGAGGGUUUCACAACCACAAAACAAGACUGUGAUGAUCAACCAACUAAUGGAAAUGGAGAGUUAAAUGAUGGUGGGAAGAAAAUCUCCUCCAGAACAUCCACCCCAGAACAACCUUCCAUUGUAUUACCACUGUCUAAGAAAUUAGAAACUGUUGCUGCCCCUCAACCAAUAGAGUUUCUGUCUGAUGAUGACACCCAGGAUAAUGCCACUACUGGAACAAUGGUAGAAUCACCAUACUUUUUAUUAUCUGGAAUAUCUCCCUCUGAACGAGUGGAUUAUGGUGCUUUGAUUGAGGAACUUGGAGGAACUGUCAUAGAAGGACAGAUCUAUCAUGAAUCUUGUACACAUCUUGUUAUUGGAUGUCCGACCAGAAAUGAAAAGUUCUUGGCUUGUAUGGCAUCAGGGAAGUGGAUACUUCAUAAAUCUUACUUUGAAGAUUGUCGCAGAGCUAAGAAGUUUGUUCAGGAAGCUAAACAUGAAUGGGGCAGUGUAUCCACAGAAAGUGUCUUAGCCUCAGCCAACUCUGUUAUGAAAACAUUAGCAGCUUCAGCACAAAGAUGGCGUCUCAAAAUACAGGAACUAAAGAAGCAAAGCCCAAAAUGCCAAGGUGCAUUUUAUGAUUGGUCUGUUAUUUUGUGCACUUGUAAAAAGAAAGAAAGCAACUUUGAACGCCUUUUGAAGGCCGGUGGUGCCAAGGUUUUGUCUGCUAAGCCACCAUUUACCAAACCAAUUUCAGCAACACAUGCCCUUAUAGAUAUUACUAGAGCUGAUCUCACUACUAGUGACUUAGAAACCUUAUUGCGAAACAAUGUACUUUGUCUUCGUCCUGAUUAUAUUGCUGCUUACCUUUCAAAUGAAGUACUACAGUCACCUGAUGAAUUUUGUCCUCCUGAAGUCAUUGCUUUAAGGGCCAGCUUGAAUCUUCCAGAUUCUGGGAUGAGAAAAAGAAAAACUACCUUAAUUGGUGAAGAAGCGAAACGAAACCGAAAACUGUGAUAAUGAUUAUUAUUAUUGAUAAUAAUAGUAAUAAUGUUAAUGUUGUUAGGGAGUUGGCAGAAAUAGUAAAAUGAGGCACUAAAAUUGACUUUACAGUAUUUAGGCUUGCCUCUCCAUGUUCUGGGUUCCUUUCUUAAGAGAAGUCAACUUUGCCUUCCCUCCCUGUAAUAUACUCAUGUCAGAUUAAGUGGUUAAACUCUGUUCCUACAAAUUUCUGAUCCUGCUGACUAUGGGUUAGGGUUAGGGUUGACUUUGCCUUACCAUUCCUCUGAGAUAGAUAAAAUAUGGUAUGAUACCAGUUGUGGUCUGGGAAGUGACAAUGAAUUUGCACUCAAGUAUUGGGAGAAUUGAUAAAAUAAAAGUACCAAUCAAGUAUUGGGGUUUGGUUUUAUCAAUGUAUUCCUUCACCCAUAUUUAUAUCUUUGUACUUAUGUUAGAAAUUAUUGUUAUUAUUACUGAGGCAGCAAGCUGGCAGAAUCGUUAGCAUGCUGGACAAAAUGCUUUACAGUAUUUUGUCCAUCUUUAUGUUCUGAGUUCAAAUUCUGUAAUGUUUAACUUUGCCUUUCAUCUUUUCAAGGUUGAUAAAAUAAGUACUGGUUGGGCACAGGGGUGAAUGUAAUCAAUUUACCCAUCGCCCUAAAAUUGCUGGCCUUGUGCCAAAAUCUGAAACUAUUAUUACUAAGACAGCAAAAUGACAGAACUGUUAGCAUACCAGAGAAAGUGCUUAGUGGCAUUUCUUCAGGCUCUUUGCAUUCUAAGUUCAAAUUCUGAGACAGCCAACUUUACCGUUCAUCCUUUCUGGUUUGAUAAAAUAAAGUAUCAAUUAAAUACUGGAGUUAAUGUAAUCAACUAACCCUCUCCAAAAAUUACUGGCUUUGUACCAAAAAUUGAAACCAUGAUCUUUAUUGUUUCUGCCCCAAGGGUGGCAGGCUGGUUGAAUUGUUAGAGCGUUGGAAUAAAUGCAUUGCUGGAUAUCUUUUUUUUCUUUGCUCUCUACAUUCUGAGUUCAAAUCCGGCAAGGUCAACUUUGCCAUACAUCCUCCCAGAAUUGAUAAAAUAAAGUACCAGUCAAAUACUGGGGUCAAUGGUAUUGACUAACCACUUCCCCUCAGAACUGCUGGCCUUGUCCCUAAAUAAGAAAUUCUGCCCCAAGAAGGCAGUAAAAUGAAAGAAACAAUAGUGAUAUGAUCUACUCAAGAACUUUUAGCAUUGAGCUUUACUCUCUUUACAUCUUGAGUUCAAAUCCCACUACAGUUGAUGUAAAGUUUUUUUUUAAUUGAGAUUAAUACCAGUCAUAUACCGGGGUAUAUUUUCACUAGACUUUGUAUCCCAUACUCAUAAAUUUGUGGCCCAGUACUACAGUAAGAACUCUUUAUCAUUAUUAUUCAUAAGACAGUGGAUGGAAGAAUUGGUGGAACAUCAGACAUAAUGCCUUGUGGUAUUCAGUCAUGUCUCUACAUUUUGAGUUGGGAUUAUUUUUUGAAAUUCUUCUGUAGUUGAUACAAUAAGUGGCUGUCAAAUAAUACCAGAUUGAUUUGAUUGACUUCCUAUUUAUUUUAGACAUGACUAAUUUUGUGUGGCUGCAAAAUCAUAUUUUUAAUGUGUGUAAAUAGCAGUUUGUUUUAAAAAAUUGUUUUUAAGAAAAUAAAAUUUAACGCUUCAAGAAUGUUUAACAUUUAGCUUAGUAAAUAUCUUGGGGAUUCUUGUUGUUAUCUUAAUAUUUGUAGUGGUAGCCUUGUUUACCUACCACUCUCUGUAUGUAUGUAUAUAUAUAUAUAUAUUUGUGUGUGUGUAUUUCUAUGUUGUAUGUGUAUAAAUAUAUGUGUGUGUGUGUGUGUGUGUAUUAAUGUAUAUUUUUAUGUCAAGUUAUAACAAAAAAAAAACCCAAUCUAGUAUUAAACUGAAUUCAAUGCUUUCUGUAAUGCACAUAUACUUUCAUUGGACAUAGGUGAAAACUUCAAAAUCACUGUCACCCCUCUUGUUGAAGUAUAACAUGUAUAUACAUUAUUUACAUUUGACGGAUAUUUGUCCUCACCUUGUUUGUUGUUAACACAACGUUUCAGCUGAUAUUCCCUCCAGCCUUCAUCAGGUGUUUUGGGGAAAUUUCGAACCUGGGUUCUCAUUCCUAGGGUAUUUUUUGAUGUUAUUAUUAUUCAGGUCACUACCUGGAAUUGAAAUCGGAAUCUUGGGGUUAGUAGCCUGCGCUCUUAACCACUACGGCAUAGUGGUUAAGAGUGUGGGCUACUAACUCCAAGAUUCCGAGUUCGAUUCCUGGCAGUGACCUGAAUAAUAAUAAUAAUAAUAAUAACAUCAAAAAAUACCUUAGGAAUGAGAACCCAGAUUCAAAAUUUCCCCAAGUCACCUGAUGAAGGCUGGAGAGUAUAUUAGCCGAAACAUUGUGUUAACAACAAACAAGAUGACAAAUAUCUGUCAAAUGUAAAUAAUGUACAUAAUUCCUCAUCUCUUAAAUAUAGAACUGUAUUAACAUAUAUAUAUUCUUUAUUAUUUUGUGAUUCAGAAUCUAAGUACCUGAUGUUCACCCUGAUGCUAGAAGUGUGUAGAGUUUGAUGUAUGUUUGGCAAGUGUGUGGUAAACAGGGUUGUAUUACAUCCAAACCUAGAUUUCUUUCUGUCAGGCUUUCAUUCAGCUUUACACAUCAGUGGACUAGGAAAAAAAUUAUUCUUCAUUUACUGUUGUUCGGAGGAUAUAAUAUGUCCAUGUAAUGUGUUGUAAAUUUGUGUCUGAACUAUUUGUGAAAUUUGUGCUUUUCUGAUUAUUUAUUCUAACUAUGGUGCUCUCAGUUAUCAUUUUAGUUGAUUCUGUAUAUACAUGCAAGUUUGUUCCACCUGAAUUUACUGCAUUGUAAUAACAUAUUCAAAUUUAACAAUGAGCUGUUAACUGAGCUCUUAAUUACUGUGGAUAUCUCUUUUCAUGUUUAUACACCAAUUCUCUGUAUAUAGAUAUGUCUUUAUAAAUUUGUAUGUGUGUCUAUAUAUGUAUACAUAACUUUGAAAACAAUUCUUUGUUACAAAAUGGGUUCCAUCAACCUAUUUAUGACAUUGUACCUCUGAAACUGCAACAGUUGUCCAGAAUGUAUAGAAUUUUUUUCUUUUUUAAAAAUCAUUCAUAGUUACAUUUUCAAUUCAUAUUUGAUUGAAUGUUCCCCAUUUAUACAAAUAUAUGACUAUGUGUGAAGUGUAAGAAUAUUGAUACUUGUGUAUCUGUAAAUAUAUGCAUGUACCUUCACAUAUUUAUUCAAACCUUGGCUUCUCUGAGUUUUCUGUUCUUUAUGAUGAUGAUGACUGCCAAAAUAUUCUAUUUUUGAAAGAUCUCAGGGUUUCUUCAUCGUUCAUUGAUCAGUGGUCCUGUGUGACAAAACAUAAUAUUUAUAGCAUCUGUUGUUGAGAUAAACAGCAUGUAUGUUUUUUUUUUUAAUAUAUAUAUAUAUAUAGUGUAAGAAAGGGAGGGAAGACUUAGUUUGAAAUCCAUCAAUCAAUAAACUAUAGUAUACAUUUUAGUACCUUUUUUUUUUUUAUGAU